CGCCCAUCCACACAAUGUACGACGACAAGAAGUCGACCACGCCCAGUGGCGAGCAGGCCUUUUUGCUCGUGACGCUGCCACACGUUACUGUGCGCCAGGUGUUUGAGGGCGAGCCAAUGGUCCUGGCCACGGGCGGGUUACAGCUCGAGUGCGUUGCGCUCCCCAUCCCUCCCGAGAUCGGCCACCAGACCGCCAACCCCUUCGCGGCCAACCAGUUCGAGCACGGCACGCCGACGCACGACCUCUGGCUCGUCGUCCGCGUCGGCGACAGCUUUGAGCACACGCUCGUGCCCGAGAACUUCCUCAAGGCGCGCCCGCCCAACACGCCAGGCGGAGUCACGGGCGGCGCCGCCCUCCCUGUCCCCAGCUACGUGAUCAAGGAGCCGGCCGUCCCCGGUGCCCAGCUCGUGCUCGAGCUCUCGGCGCCGCAGAACGCGUCCGACCUCGACGACCUCGAGUUCUUCGAGACGCUGCUCACGCAGUACGGCGCGCUGGAGCAGGGCGAGUCGGCCCUCACGGGCAUCACUUUGCCUACGGCCGCGGCUGGCGGUGCUGCCGCCGCCGCCGCCGCUGGGUCAAGCUCGCAGCAGGCCCAGGUCGAGGUCGAGCCUGAGCUCGUCGAGAUCCAGGGCGGAGAGGAUCUCAAGGGUCAGCUCGUUCUCGUCGACGAGGAGACGGGCAAGGUACUCGGCCAGCUCGAGACCACGGCCGAGGUCUCGGGUGCCCCUGUCGACUCGCAGCGGCCCGACGCGCCUGUGCUCCUCGACUUUGGACCGAUCGUGAACCAGUACGCUGGGCGCGUGGUCCAGGUCGAGCAAAUCCCCCCCGAGGAGAUGAACGACUGGAUCCUCCGCGGCGCGCACUACAUGUCCCAGGGCAUCCUGUACGUCGGCGGCGUGUCGUCCAACGCCAUCCUCCAGGGCGCCAACGUCCUCAAGCGCAACAUCAAGGCGAAGCCCGAGGCGACGACCUUCUCGCCCACGACGCAGGCAGCCAUCCGCCGUACCCACAACGCGACGGUGUCGACGGUUAAGGUGACAAAGGGCACCAUUGGUAUGAUCAACAAGGCCGUCGACUACGUUGUCGACCGCAAGGGCGGUGCUGGCAAGCCUGCCAUCAACCCUGGUCGCACGGCUGCCAACCCCUCCACCUCGGCCUGGGGUAAAGCGCCCGCACCUGCGGGUCCUCCUCCUGCCGCUGGGCCCUCAGCGGCCGCUUCCAAGGCUGCCGACCCUCCACCAUACUCGGCAUACGACAACGAUGACAAGAAGGGUCCCGCCCCCGGCGCUGCUCCUGCAGCCCAGGGCUUCCCCGACCGCGUCGCUGCACCGCUUGCGCCCGGACAAAAGCGGCCAUUCCUCAACCGUGUCGUGCUGGCUGGUGAGGUCGUCCUCUCCUCGCUCGAGGCGGCCGGCAACGACCUCAUCUCGGCGGGCACUGUCGCGGCCUCGUCGGUCGUGCAGGCGAGGUACGGCGACGAGGCGGGCCACGCCACGGCCCUCCUCGGCGGCACGGUUCGCAACGUCGCGCUCGUGUACGUCGACGUGCGUGGUAUCGGUCGCCGCGGUAUCCUCAAGGCGACGGCCCGUGGAUGGGUCAAGGCCCGCCUCCGUGGUGGCCAGGAGGUCCGCCUGCAGCCCGGCGCGCCGGUCGCGCAGAACGUCGGCGGCGAGUUCAUCGUCGGUGUGCCGCAGCAGGGCGGCGCGUACGGCCCGCCCACGGCCAACCCGGCGGCACCCAAGGCCAGCUCUGGAUGGUUUGGCAAGAGCAAGAAGCAGUGA